AUGAACAACUUUGGCGUCAUAGAAGUAGCCUCGACAGCAACAAAAACCACCCCCGGCUGGGCCUACGUCCCCGACACCGGCCCCUCCCUGUCAGCCACCGCCCUCCAGCCAAAGAACCGCAAACGAGCCGCGCGGAAUACCCAGCCUGGGCUGAGCUUGUCCGACUUGACAGCUCGACAAGAAAACAAGCUGAGGAAAGAUCUCGAGGCGCUGAAUCGAGACAAUCAGAGGGACGUGAACAUUCCUGUUCCGAGUAGCAGUAGAUCGUCACACAAACACACCCCCACCGUCCGAAAAAUCCUCCAGUCUCAAAAGACGUUUGCGAACCAUCUCGAUGAUUACCAGGCUCUGCUCGCGCUGGCGGAGAGUAACCCCGCCGCGGUGGUGAACAAUCCGUUGCUUUUCCUCAAUAAACCGGUGGUGGCGACGCCACAGGCGAAGAGUGCGAGUCCUGCUCCGGUGAGGGAAAAGGGUGGGAGUAAAAGGGGGCAGGCGGCUGCUAAACGGGCGGCGGUGAAGGCGGCGGCGGCGGCGGCGGAGGAGGAGGAGAAGGAGGAGAGGAAAAGGGCCAGACAACUCGCGGCGGAAGGGGAAGAUGUGGAAAUGAUUGAUUCUCCUCCUGCUCCUCCGGACGAGGUAGAGAAGCUGGUUGAGACGUAUCCGGCGGAUGGGACGAUUCUGCCGGCUUAUAGGAAAAGGCCGCCGGCGGCGCAUCCGGGGGAUGACGAUCCUUUGCUUGUGUCGGUCGUUCCGAGUUUUCCGACGGAUGAGGAGCUGAGGAGCUUGAUGACGGCGCCGCCGUUGAGUUACAUGGACUCGAGGGCUGCUUUUGGGGAGGAGGGGGAGAGGUACCCGAUCAGGGUGUUUUGCGAGAUGUGCGGGUAUUGGGGUAGGGUCAAGUGUAUGAAGUGUGGGGUGAGGGUUUGCGGGCUGGAUUGUUUGGAGGGGCAUAGGGAGGAGUGUGUUACUAGGUAUGGGCUUUGA